UGCGCAGAGCAGUGCCUCCUCGGGGCGCCUGCGCGAGCCGCCGGCCGCGCCAGGACUGAGUGUUGGCCUGGUCGGCGUCGCUCCGAGUGGCGGUGUGUGAUCCCGCCAUGGCGGUGCCCCCGGCGCCCAUGGGGCCCUCGGCGCUGGGCCAGAGCGGGCCGGGCUCCAUGGCCCCCUGGUGCUCCAUGAGCAGCGGCCCAUCGCGCUACGUGCUGGGGAUGCAGGAGCUGUUCCGGGGCCACAGCAAGACACGCGAGUUCCCCGCGCACAGCGCCAAGGUGCACUCGGUGGCCUGGAGCUGCGACGGGCGGCGCCUGGCCUCGGGGUCCUUCGACAAGACGGCCAGCGUCUUCCUGCUGGAGAAGGACCGGUUGGUUAAAGAAAACAAUUACCGGGGACACGGUGACAGCGUGGACCAGCUGUGUUGGCAUCCAAGUAACCCUGACCUCUUUGUCACAGCAUCGGGGGACAAAACCAUUCGCAUCUGGGAUGUGAGGACUACCAAGUGCAUUGCCACCGUGAACACCAAAGGGGAGAACAUCAACAUCUGCUGGAGUCCAGACGGGCAGACCAUUGCUGUCGGUAACAAGGAUGACGUGGUGACCUUCAUCGACGCCAAGACACACCGUUCCAAAGCAGAAGAGCAGUUCAAGUUCGAGGUCAACGAAAUCUCCUGGAACAAUGAUAACAACAUGUUCUUCUUGACCAACGGCAAUGGUUGCAUCAACAUCCUCAGCUACCCCGAGCUGAAGCCUGUGCAGUCCAUCAAUGCCCACCCCUCCAACUGCAUCUGCAUCAGGUUUGACCCCAUGGGGAAGUACUUCGCCACAGGCAGUGCGGACGCCCUGGUCAGCCUGUGGGACGUGGACGAGUUGGUGUGUGUCCGCUGCUUCUCCAGGCUGGACUGGCCCGUGAGGACGCUGAGUUUCAGCCACGACGGGAAGAUGCUGGCGUCUGCGUCAGAAGAUCAUUUCAUAGACAUUGCUGAAGUGGAGACAGGAGACAAGCUGUGGGAGGUGCAGUGUGAGUCCCCCACCUUCACCGUGGCUUGGCACCCCAAAAGACCCCUGCUGGCAUUUGCCUGUGAUGACAAAGAUGGCAAAUAUGACAGCAGCCGGGAAGCUGGGACUGUGAAGCUGUUCGGGCUCCCCAACGAUUCCUGAGCCGAGCCCCUCCUGCC